AUGCUCCGUCUGAUCCGCCACGCCAGCACCCAGAGCCUGCCCUUUCGGGUCGCCAUUGUUGGUUCUGGGCCCGCCGGCUUCUAUACCGCCCACCAUUUGUAUAAGCUGGGCGCCCCCGUCGCCGUUGACUUCUACGAACGCCUCCCCGCCCCCUACGGCUUGUCCCGCUAUGGCGUCGCCCCCGACCACCCGGAGGUCAAGAACUGUGAAGAGUACCUUGAUUUGAUCAUGGACAACCAGGAGAACCUGAGAUUCAUCGGCAACGUCACCGUGGGCGAGGACAUCGCCCUCGACGAGUUGAAGAAGCAGUAUCACGCCGUGGUGCUCAGCUACGGGUCGACCGCUACCGACAAUACCCUUGGCAUUCCGGGAGAAGACGCCGAGGGGAUCAUUCCUGCCCGGCAAUUCGUCAAUUGGUACAAUUCCCACCCCGAUGCCGCCAACUGGCAGCCGCCCGAUCUCUCAAAGAUCCGCGAUGUUACCAUCAUUGGCAACGGUAACGUCGCCAUGGACGUGGCCCGGGUGCUUAUUGGCCUGCCCCUGUUGCACUGGGACCCCACCGACAUCGCCUUGGCCACGGUCAAGGCCCUUGAAAAGUCCGCCAUCCAAACCGUUAGCAUUGUCGGCCGCCGAGGGGUAUUACAGCUGGCGUUUGCCAAUAAGGAGCUCCGCGAGUUAUUAGAAAUGGCCGCCCUUAAUCAAUUCCUGUUCCAGAUUAAUUCCGAUGAGCUUAACGCCAUGGCGGGGAAGAAGUUGGGACGCGUGGAGAAGCGCCGCUUGGGUUUACUUGAAAAGUACGUCGGCACCGCUGUCGACUCGUCCAAGGUGUUGUCGUUUGAAUACAACUUGGCGCCUAAGCUGUUCCUCACCGAAAACGGUAAGGUCAAGGGGGUGGAAUACAAUAUCAACAAGACCGACGAUCUGGGCAAGGCCACCCCCACCGGGGAAACCACCACCGAGCCGGCCGACCUCGUCAUCACCCUGAUUGGCUACAAGGGUAGUCUCAUCGACAACAACUUGGGCAUUGGCUUCGCUAAGAACCAUAUCCUCAAUGACAAGGGCCGCGUGCUCACACAGGACUCGCAGCCGAUCCCCGGUUUAUACUGCAGUGGCUGGAUCAAAACGGGGCCUAAGGGGGUGAUCGCCACCACGAUGUUGGAAUCGUUCGACACCGCUGAGCUCAUCCUCGAAGACUUCAAGGACGGUAAGCUUGCCGCGCCUGAAGUGGAGCCGUCGCCCCCCAGCAAGGCGAUCUCGUGGACUCAAUGGGGCAAGUUGGACGAGUUCGAAGUGUCUGAAGGUGAACGCCUCAACAAGCUUCGUCUAAAGGUCGACAACACCCCCGGCAUGCUCGCCAUCGAAGACAACUAA